UGCAGGGCUCGUCAGCAUGCCGACGGACGUGAGCGACUGCCCGCGUCUUGAGGACCUCUUGCCUGGCGAGGCCCUUACCUUCCUGCGGGAGCGCCAAGAGCGCAUGCUACGAGAGUCACCUUUGCCGACCGACGUCGAGCCGUACUUCGACUCGGUCCUCAAGUUCAACCACAAGGAGUACCGCGGCCUGGUGCGUCGGCUGCUGUCAGCUGGCAUUCUGGGGUGGACUCUGACACCGAAAGAGAGAAUUGGGAUGUUCUUUGUGCGGAAGGAUGGGCGGCGCCGACUUCGCCUCAUAGUCGACGCCCGCCGUGCGAACGCCCACUUCAGGGAUCCUCCUGGGGUGGAGCUAUUGAGCAGCGAGGGCCUCGCCAGAAUCGAGGUGCACAUGCCAGACGCGGGCUUCUCGAGUUACGAGGACCUCCGCGCCGCGCUGGAGGCGCAGCAGGUGUGCAUCGGCAUGGCGGACGUGAAGGACUGCUUUCAUCGAAUGCGGAUCGAUUCAGCCCUCUCGCAAUGCUUCUGCCUGCCGCCUGUCAAGGCUGGGGCUUUCGGCGUGACCGAGGUCGAGGGGGCCAAGGUGCAGACGUCGACGGCCAUCUACCCUUGCUGGCAGGUCCUGCCCAUGGGCUUCAUCUGGUCUCUCUACUUCGCCCAGCGGGCCAACGAGGAGGUAAGCCGCCGCAGCAGCGCGCUCCUCAGGGGGCCCAGUCUGUCAGACCAUGGGCCACCGCUCGUGUUCGCGCCUGGCAGGGCGCCCCAGGAGGUCAGGCACUGCGUGCGCGUCGACAACUUGGGGGUCUUCUCGCUAUUCUCUGAGCUCGUGAGCGGCGUGAUGAACCAGCUGACGGGCGAGUUCACCGAGCUGAACCUACUGUUGCACAAGGACGAGCUGGUGCCGGGCAUGGCAGUGGCGCUUGGCACGGAGAUCGACGGCAGCCAGUUGCGCACUCGAGUGACCAGUGAUCGGUUCUGGCGCUGCCGCCAGGCCGUGCGGGGCCUCCUAGCCCGCCGCCGUGUCAAGGGCUGGGCCGUGGAGGCAGUGCUGGGCCACCUAACCUUUUGUGGCCUCUGCUCGCGCGGCACCUUGUCAGCUUUCAAUUCAGUGCACGGCUUUGUGCGAGCCCACUAUGACGAGGCGGCCGUGCUAUGGGCCGAGGCGCGGCGAGAGCUGGCCGCCUUCAGCUCCCUGAUGUACUUCCUGGAGUCCGAUUGGUGGCUGCCUUGGAAUCCGAUGGCGCAGCAGUCAGAUGCCAGUCUUCACGGCUACGGACUGGCAAGGGCUUUCUGGCCGCAGGAGCUGGUGGAGUCAGUCGGGCGCGUGCCUGAGCGGGCCCGCUUUCGCCGGCGCUGCGCGCGCAGUGCUCGAGAGGUUGCGCUCUGUGCAGCUGGCUUCGGUAUGAGUGAGAGUGGAAAAUGGGAACUCAAGGGCCUUCCCGAAGAUGAGGAGGAGCUGGGCCAGUGGGACGUUGUGAGGGACUUCCCGGAGGUGCCCGCCCAGGGGCUCCGCGCAGGCCUGUGGGGGCCCUGUUUCGCGAGAGCCCGGCAGCACCCUGAGGGCAUCCUGACCUUGGAGGCCCGAGCCCUGGUCAGCAGCAUCCAUCGUAUCGCCACCACGUCCACCCUUCUGGCUGAGCUGUUGGAGCUCGAGAGCUCCCAGGCGCGCCCAGGGCGGGUUCCCGCCUGGGCCGCGCCCGAGCGGGCGGCCGAUGGCGCCGCGGCCCGCGAUGCUGCCUGCGCGCCCUCAAGCGCCAGACGGGCGGGGCCGCUCUCGGAGCCCCCAGCAGGCCAGGCGAGGCGCGAGGCUCGAGACGGGCCGCCGGCGCACGCGGCAGCUGGCGCCCCGUCAGCCCGCGGCCAGGAGGCGAGGCGCACGCGGCAGCUUGUCCCUGCGCCGCCGAUAGCGCCGCAGCCGCUGCCGGCAGCUCGGCGGGAGCGUCAGCUGGGCGAGUCGGGGCUCCUGAAGACGGCUGUGCUGAGCCGUCCCCUGCCGCGGAGCCUGGGGCGAGUGGUGGAGGACCUGACAAAGGUGCCUGUGCCAGCGGAGCCCGCGCGGGGAGCGCGAGAGAGCGUCGGCUCCUCCGACAGCGGGAGCUCCGAGCCCGAGGUCGUGACCGGCGCCGCGCGGCAGCGCAGGCUCGCGCAGUCGCGGAAGCGCCGAGCCCGCCACUACGGGAUGCCCACCGGCGAGGAGGGCUUCUCUCUCCUGGAGCGGGGGGCCGUGCGAACCCCGACGCAGCGCGAGUACCAGAGGGCCUGGGACGGAUGGCGGGACUUUGCCCGUCGGAGCUGGCCCUCGGUGGACAUCGACGAGGUCAUGAAGAGCAGGGGCGACUCCGUGGUAGACUCGGCGUUGGUGAGCUACCUGAACGGCUUGUACCAGGCUGGGACUCACCUCUCCUGGGCCGAGAAGUUGAUGGCUGGCGUCCUGCACUCCAACCCCGACUUCUCGCGCUACGGUGCCCGGCGCCUCCCCCGGGGCUGGAGAUGCCUCCGGGCCUGGCGGCGCCUGGAGCCGCCGCGGACGAGGAAGCCGUGGGCGCUGGCGCUGUGGUGCGCAAUGGCGUGGCGCAUGAAGGCCCGUGGCAGCCUCCAGAUGGCGGUGUUCACUCUGAUAGCGGUGAGCGUGUACGCCCGCCCCAGCAGCCUUUUGCUUCUGAAGCCGGCCUGCCUGGUGCCGCCGACGGCGGGGGUGUGCGAGUUCUGGACCUUGAGGCUCUUCCCGGAGGAGGAGGACCUGCGGGGCAAGACGGGCCUGGGGGACGUGUCGCUAGAGUUAGACUCGCCCUGGAUUCGCUUCUUGGACCCCGUGCUGCGUCAGAUGAAGAAGGAGGGGCACCCCGAGUGCCUGUGGAACUUCACGUACCCAGAGUACUGCAAGAUGUUCAGCCUAUGCCUCCAGGACCUGCAGGUAAAGGCCAAGGCUCAGCUCGCGGACAUCAUUUUGGGUCGCGCCUCGCCGGUCGACUUGCGGGAGCUCGACCACGCCUGA